GCUUCAAGUCACGAAGAACUGGAAUGUGAAGCAUGAAGCUCUUCCACCCACCUUGAAUCGUUAUAUUUCUUGACGAUAACUAUUUUUGUCCUAUUUUGGGCCUAGCUUUUUUCGUCUAAUUCAGGUAUAUUCGUCUCUGAUUCUGACAAUGUCUCUCUCGAAAAUUAAGCAUAUUCUUCUUGUCCUCUCGGGAAAAGGUGGCGUGGGGAAAUCGUCUGUCACUACACAGCUCGCUUUAUCACUGUCGCUCAGCGGCUAUUCUGUUGGAGUACUCGAUGUCGACCUUACUGGACCUUCAAUGCCGCGCAUGUUCAACAUUGAAGAUGCAAAAGUUACCCAAGCGCCGGGAGGUUGGCUUCCCGUAACUGUGCAUCCUGCCAACCCGGAGGCCGGAAUAGGCGAGCUGAAAUGCAUGAGCCUUGGCUUCUUAUUGCGUGGGAGAGGCGAUGCGGUCGUAUGGCGCGGCCCCAAGAAGACCGCAAUGGUGCGGCAGUUUCUCUCGGAUGUAUUGUGGGGAGAGAUGGACUUCUUACUCAUUGAUACCCCCCCUGGGACAUCUGACGAGCAUAUAUCACUCGCAGAGACGCUUCUGAAAGACGCACUUCCUGGACAAGUUUCCGGAGCGGUAGUAGUGACAACACCUCAAGCGGUCGCCACAGCUGAUGUCAGAAAAGAAUUAAAUUUUUGCGUGAAGACGGGCAUAUCGGUCGUCGGUGUCGUUGAGAACAUGGUUGGAUUUGUUUGUCCGAAUUGCGCCGAAUGCACUAACAUAUUCGGCAAGGGAGGAGGCCAAGUGAUGGCGGAAGAUUUCCAUGUCCGCUUUUUAGGAGGGGUUCCUAUAGACCCUCAAUUUGUGAUGUUAGUUGAGACUGGGCGACGACCUCGAUACCCGAAAGGAACAAUUAUCAACGGAAAGGACUUCUCUGAGAUUCGCCAAAUUCACCACACAGACACGUCGACCGAAGAAGUGAAAGAGGCCAGCCUGCUUGCAAGCAAAUAUCUAGACUGUUCCCUUGAGCCUAUCUUCAGAAAGAUCACGCAAGAUAUCAUCACAGCUAUCGGAUGAUGUCGGAUGUACUGUUAUCAGCCUAAGUUUCUAUUGUCUAGAAUCUUGCAUGCGGUGUGACGGCAGGGGGGUUAUAUUAAGAUCCAAUGCGCACACAUGUUGCAUCCCAAGACCUCUUGAAUGGUCGAAUAAGUGUCGCUGCUACUAUACCAAAGACCAAUCUUGGUGCCUAUCGAUUAUCUACUUCCUUCUAGAGGAGAAGCAAGUUUCUGCGACGUUGGAGACUUAAGUGCGGACCUAUGAUAAUUCAUAUUCCACGGAUUGGUCAGGGGCGUAACAUUCACCCAAUUCACCAAUGUUGCAUUGAUAGGGCUACUUAUUGGGUAGAUAAAAAUUUCCCCAUUACCACUACCUCAUUGUCGAAAUCCCAUGGCUAUGGAAACUUUCUUUUUGUUCUUAAAACAGCAAAUCGCAAUGUAACCAAUGUAACCAAUGCAACCGAUUCAUUGACCUGGACUAUUCUCUUGAAGAGCCAUUUACGCCGUGUCGCAAUUGACACUUUGGUAGAUACGGCUUGUUAAAAAAAUGUGAUUCUGGAAAUUGAUGACUUAAUUGUCACAAGGAGGGUAACAGAAACCAAUGCUACAUUCGCAGUGUCAGGCACGAGAUAAAGUAAGCCGGCAUCGAUAUGUUGAAAACCCGAUAGCUUUUUUAAAAUUUUUUAUCGUGAUUGAUGGGC